AUGGCACAUCACUUAAUAGCACAAAUUAUUAUUGUUGGAACGCAAGUUCUUGGACGAGCGUUUGUUCAGGCUUAUAAACAAGCGGCAUUAAAUGCAACAUUAAGACAUGAAAAAAAGAAAGGCUACAUGUCAUCAGAAGAAGACUCUGGUUUUUCAAUGGGAAAUUUAUCAGAAAAAACGGGUAUUACGGCUAACGAAGCAUGUCAAAUAUUAAAUAUAAAAAAAAUGCCAGUAGAGCUUUCAGAUGUAAUAAAGAGAUAUGAAUAUUUAUAUAAAACAAAUGAUCCGAAAAAUGGAGGAAGUUUAUAUCUUCAGAGUAAAAUUUUUUGGGCUAAAGAACGGUUAAAAGGUGAUAUUUCUGAAGGGAAAGUGGAUUAA